AUGGCUGAGUAUGAAAAAACACCGUUGAAACUUUACAUACAAGACGUAUACCGGGCUACACGAUCAGAACAAAAUAAAUAUGUGUAUGAAAUACUUGGUAUAUAUUUUAAAAAUGUGAUGCUGCACGGUGUAGUUACCUCUGUUUAUAAUGCUUCUAGUCGAUCUAUUAAUAUUGAACUAAGCGAUUGUACAGGAACAGUCCAAGUCUUCUGUGAUAGUGCCAAGAAAGAUAAUAACAUUACACAAACAUGUUUAAAAGAUCUGACGCGAGAUUUUGCUAAUUCCUAUAAACAUGGAGAUGACAAAAUCAAUACAAUGUCAUUUCUGUUAAACAAAAUACAGAAGAAACAUAGCAAUUUACUCAAAUUCCAAGAGGUCAUUAAGAGUUGCAGAGCCAUGGCUAACGAAGGUAUAUCACGACAAGAGAUAGAGUCUCUUUGCAAAACUCCAAACCCUGCGACUCAGGAGUUCAUGUUCCAACAAACUAUGUAUCGGAUUAAAGACCCACGCAAGUCUAUCCCAUUUUACACCGGCGUACUUGGGAUGACUUUAUUGAAACAGGUCCAUUUUGCGGAGAUGAAAUUUUCCCUCUUCUUCAUGGGGUACGAGAAUCCCAGUGAUGUACCUAAGGAUGAAGCUCAGAGGACUGCGUGGGCCAUGUCUAGAAAAGCUAUAUUGGAACUAACACAUAACUGGGGUACAGAGAGCGAUGAAUCAAGCUACCACAAUGGGAAUUCAGACCCGAGAGGCUAUGGUCACAUUGGUAUCCUAGUCCCCGAUGUUGAUGCAGCUUGUGCCAGAUUUGAAGAACAAGGGGUUAAAUUCAUCAAGAAGCCGCAAGAUGGUAAAAUGAAAGGAUUGGCAUUCAUUCAGGAUCCAGAUGGCUAUUGGAUUGAAAUUUUUAACCCGAAAACUCUGAAAGAAUAA